GAGUCCACCCUCGACUAAGCAGUGUCGCGUGUGUCGCGGCGACGAACGCCCGAAAAAAAACCAAAAUCUUCAAACAUUUAUUGUGGAGUAACUAUAAAAACACUGGCCAUUUUCGUUAAGUGUCAAAAUGAGUUAUAGUGUCUUUGAUUAUAAUUAUAAAGAGUUUGAUUUUCAAAAAGCGAGCGAAAAGUCAGAUCAGUGUUGCCAAGUGAAAAAUGAGGUAAAAAAUGUUGAAACCCAAAAUGGCGGAGAAAAUGGCGCGAAAGAAGAAGACCACGUGCAACAUGUUUUGGGGCCAAGCAGACGAUGUUUGGCUUGGGCAUGCAAAGCGUGUAAGAGGAAAACGGCGGCUGUCGACCGACGGAAAGCUGCGACGUUGCGGGAGCGCCGGCGGCUAAGAAAAGUAAACGCGGCAUUUGAAGAGCUUCGCAUCAGAGCGCGCGCAGGCAGCGGGCGAUUACCCAAGUUGGAGAUACUACGGGCGGCUAUACAGCAUAUCGAGCGGCUGCAAGCGGCGCUGCGAGCUGCUGCUGUUUUGGAGUCUGAAAGCUGUAAGAGCUACAUGGAGUCGCCGGUGACAGUCGCCCGGUCACACUGCGACUCACGGGAGACCAAGAUGGAAAAAGAGACGCCAUUCCUUAAUAAUGAGAGCCCCAGUUGUGCAGUUAACAGUCUUGCAAGACUACGGUGCAUCGUGCAAGCGUUAGCAGUGAAAGACAAUCACGCAUGACGCAUGCAAGGACAACAUUUAGCUUUCAAUACAUUAGUAAAUACCCGGGAUUUCUCUUCAAACUGGAGCCUAGAAGUACUCCGAAAUUGGUACUGGUAUCGGUUUGUUAUUCAGAUUCGCUGAAUCUUUGGUCUUAGUACAUAGUGAAGAAAUCAGUGUAGCUCUUUUUUUUUUUUUAUACCACUGAGGUGGCAAACAAGCAUACGGCCCACCUGAUGGUAAGCGGUUACCGUAGCCUAUGAACGCCUGCAAUACCAGAGGUAUUACGCGCGCGUUGCCGACCCUGAAGCUCACAGACUACUUAAAGAAUAUACGGUGUGGGCCAUAGAUUAGAAAGUUUAAAAAUGUGUCCAGACGUUAUAAGAAAUCUACUUGAGAUUUCUUGUGAAAUUCUAGACAAGUGGCGAACGAAUUAUUCGAUAGAUACGUUAUCUGUAACGAUUGAAACGACAUUGAACAAGACAGCAAUACAAUGGGUAUUGUUCUUACAUAUGUGAACGAAAAUGUAUCUAUCAAUAGAUUUGUCUCUAGAAGCGACUUAAAAUAUGGUAUAGUCAUGAUUAUCAUUAAUCAAGUCUUCAGGGUUGUAUUUGUUGCCUACAGUAGUAGAUAAAAAAAUAAUACCUAAGCAAUCCGACAUAUUUAAGUUGGAAUCCUAGUCUAUAUUAUUAUAAACAUCUCAAAUUAUCAAUUGCUUGGAGAACAAGGUAAAUGGUUGUCCGGAAAGAAAAUGUUAGAGGCUCGUAUGAUACGUAGAGGUUAUACAAGAUCUUUAACAUAUUGGUAUGUUAGAGACCUUGUAUAACGACGACCGCGUCUUCUCAGCCAUCCUAGAAGAGUUCAGAUGAGGGCCUCGGGGCGAACUCUUAUGUCCCGAAAUCAUCAUAGGCGUCGGCUACCCCCAGGUCUCUGGCAUCAAUGCCCUUCAUGUCUGGCAACGAAGGCGGUGUAAAAUAUCUUGAAAUCGGGGGCCGCCUCACAUGGUAGCAGUUGUGGGUUUAAAAGUUGUUUGUUUAUAUGUUUGAGGUAGUUUAUGUAACUGCGGGAAUCGAUUUAUUAAAUUAUUUCAUAAAUAUAAAGUAUAGCGCGCUACAUAGUCUGCAACAUCAAACUUUAAACUGUUCUUAUGUUUUUGCAGAUAAAUGAUCAAUUGAUAGAUAUAAAAUUUGCCCGACAAUUCCUAUUGGAACAUAUUAGAGGGCUAGGUAUUACAGUAUACUGGAGAAAUGGGGUAAAAUGCUCAAAUGAAAGUAGGUAAUUAGAUAAUUUUAUGCAAUAAAUGCGAAUUUAAUUUGGUUUGAAUUACUCAGAAAUUAAUGAAUGCAUGACAGUUUUAGCAUUCAUAGUAUUUGUAUUACGAUGAUAAUUUUUAUUGUUUUUUUUUUUUUAAUACAUAUCAAUUCAAAUCAGAAUGCUCAACGGGAUUUGGACUUAAUUUAAAAUAAGCUUAGGUAGACAUUACAUAAACAUGCUAAAUAGAAUUUGCUCAAAAUUAACAAAUAUAUUUACGUAUAAUAAAAUGUUACUCUUAAAUAAGUAAAAUAGUAGGUACUUCCGUAAUUGUAGUAAUGUUAAAUAUAAUAAAUUAAUACCAACCUUAAAAAUAAAAUCAAAUAUUUAAUUUGUUGCUAAAACCAUUUAAUAUAUUUAGGUACAAUAAGUUAAGUUCUAUGAUGUAAAUAUUUAUUCAGAAUAUUAAGAAAAUGUAGAAAAAUACCAGAGACAUGAGAUUUUAUAUACAUAUCAAUAGUUAAAUAGCUAAGUAGACAAUAAAUAAAUUAUAAACU